UGGAGGCCAAGGGGCUCGCCGCCUAAUAUAUCCUCUACGAUCACUUGUCCCAUCUCUCCUCUUACUCCUGCUUCUCCCUCUUUACCCCCCUCUCUUUCCUUUCUACAUUUUUGUUUAAUAUCUUCUUCUUCUUCUUCUCUUUUCUGUGGUAGAGGUUUGGGUUUACGGUUUCUGGUCUCUCUAGUUUCAUUUCAAUCAGUAUCAUGUGUGGAAUACUGGCGGUGUUGGGAUGUUCGGAUGAUUCACAAGCGAAGAGGGUUCGUGUGCUCGAGCUCUCUCGCAGAUUAAAACAUCGCGGACCAGAUUGGAGCGGACUGCACCAGUUUGGGGAUUGUUUUCUAGCACAUCAGCGGCUAGCAGUCAUUGAUCCUGCUUCCGGUGAUCAACCCCUUUAUAAUGAAGACAAAACCAUGGUCGUGACGGUCAAUGGAGAGAUUUACAACCAUGAAGACCUGAGGAAAAGGUUGUCUAAUCAUAAGUUCAGGACAGGGAGCGAUUGUGAAGUUAUUGCCCAUCUGUAUGAGGAAUAUGGAGACAGUUUUGUGGACAUGCUGGAUGGGAUGUUCUCAUUUGUGUUGCUGGACACGCGUGACAGCAGUUUCAUUGCUGCCCGAGAUGCAAUUGGCAUCACUCCGCUCUACAUUGGCUGGGGCCUCGAUGGUUCUGUUUGGAUAUCGUCGGAGAUGAAAGGACUGAAUGAUGACUGCGAACAUUUUGAGGUCUCCCCCCCUGGCUGUCUCUACUCCAGCAAGGAAGGCGGCUAUAAGAGAUGGUAUAACCCAACCUGGUACUCGGAGACUAUUCCAUCACUCCCAUAUGACCCCCUUGCUCUGAGGAAGGCCUUUGAAAAUGCCGUCAUUAAGAGACUCAUGACGGAUGUUCCAUUUGGAGUUUUGUUAUCUGGUGGCCUGGAUUCAUCGCUAGUUGCUGCUGUUACUGCACGCCACUUAGCGGGAACCAAAGCGGCAGAGCAGUGGGGGACUCAGCUCCAUUCCUUCUGUGUUGGCUUGGAGGGCUCACCAGAUUUGUUGGCAGCAAGGAAGGUUGCUGAUUAUUUGGGAACUGUCCACCAUGAGUUUCACUUCACUGUUCAGGAUGGUAUUGAUGCUAUCGAGGAUGUAAUCUAUCACAUCGAAACAUAUGAUGUCACUACAAUCAGGGCCAGCAUCCCCAUGUUUCUUAUGGCCCGUAAGAUCAAGUCAUUAGGAGUGAAGAUGGUGAUCUCUGGCGAAGGCUCGGAUGAGCUCUUUGGAGGCUAUUUAUAUUUCCACAAGGCACCAAACAAGGAAGAGUUCCACCGAGAGACAUGUCGCAAGAUAAAAGCUCUUCACCAGUAUGAUUGCUUAAGAGCUAAUAAAGCAACAUCCGCAUGGGGGCUGGAAGUUCGUGUGCCUUUCUUGGACAAGGAAUUCAUUAAAGUUGCUAUGAGCAUCGAUCCUGAAUAUAAAAUGAUCAAACCUGAUAUGGGGCGAAUCGAGAAGUGGGUCUUGAGGAAAGCCUUUGAUGAUGAGGAAAACCCGUAUCUGCCAAAGCAUAUUCUCUAUAGGCAGAAGGAGCAGUUUAGUGAUGGUGUUGGCUACAGUUGGAUUGAUGGGCUGAAAGCUCAUGCAGCCGAACAUGUGACCGAUAAAAUGAUGCAAAAUGCACAGCACAUAUACCCACACAAUACACCAGCCACGAAAGAGGCCUACUGCUACAGAAUGAUCUUUGAAAGGUUUUUCCCACAGAAUUCUGCAAGAAUGACAGUCCCUGGGGGUCCAAGUGUGGCUUGCAGCACGGCAAAGGCUAUCGAGUGGGAUGCUCAGUGGUCAAACAAUCUUGAUCCCUCAGGCAGAGCUGCACUUGGUGUUCAUAGUUCGGCCUAUGAUCCCCUUCUACCUACAUCUUCUGCCAUUGGGAACGCCCCUGCCAAGGUUGUCAACAAGAAGCCAAGGAUGGUCGAAGUUGGAACUCCAGGACUGGCCAUCAGUACCUAAUUUCCUCUAGAAGAUAUUUAUGGUGCCUGAUUUCUAGGCGUAGCUCAAUGCACUGUGUUAGUUGUGUUAUAUGAUAGCGACUAGCUCAUGUAAUUAAUCUCAGCAUUAGAGCAUGGUGUGGUAUUGGGAUGGAAAGUAACCUCUAAAAUUUGAAUCGAACAAUUAUAUGGCUUUGUUUAGCCCUUCAGUGCACAAAUAAGCAUAAAGAAGCUGAUUCCAUGU